AUGCUAACACAACUUUAUACAACUGAAGAGGAUCCGGCCUUGUGUUCGAUUAUAUGGGGUACAAAUUUCUCAGUUUCGCCUGUUGCAAGUGAAAAUGACAGCAGUGCUAUAACAGCUGCCUCAACCUCACACAAUGCUGCUGCUGUUGGUGGCCUAAAUGAAGUUGGUGUAGCGAGUAGUGUCAAUGCUGGUGGUGUUAUUGGCGAGGGUGGUGGCUACAGGAGUGAUGUUAAUGCGGCUGUAGCUGCCGGAGCAGUAGGUGUCAUUGGUGAUAAUUUACGUGAUGAUCUUUAUAUAACAAAUGAGGAUCCACGUACCGAAGCAUUACGAGAAUAUUCAUACGGCAUAAUAUUGCCCAUCAUUUGUGCGCUUGGCAUCAUCGGCAAUGUACUCAAUCUCAUUGUAUUGACAAGACGUAAUAUGCGUGGUACGGCUUAUAUUUAUAUGAGAGCGUAUUCAACAGCUGCUUUAUUGGCCAUUGUCUUUGCUAUACCUUUUGGCAUACGCAUGUUGGUGCACAAGGACCGGGGCCAGUGGGAAGAAUUUGGGCCAGCUUUCUAUACAGCACAUUUGGAACUAUUUUUGGGAAAUGGUUGUUUAGGUGUAGGUGUAAUGAUGCUGUUAAUACUAACCAUAGAACGCUACGUGUCGGUGUGUCAUCCUAGUUUUACACGGCCAGUAAUGGGUCCUCCUGGGGUCAUUGUAUUCCUAACCACUAUGAUAACUUUUGUUAUUUACCUGCCGAGCGUGUUCCGUGGUGAACUAAUUAAAUGUGUUUUACAAACAGAUGGACGUUUUGUUUAUUUUCGUAGAGAUAAUAAUGCAUUUUUAAGAACAAUAUUCUAUUCGAUCUAUAAGGUAAUGCUGGAAGUGAUAUUUAAAUUAAUACCAACUGUUUUAAUAGCUGGUCUAAAUUUGCGCAUUAUGAUGGUUUACCGUCAGACUUGCGAGAAAAGGCGAAAAAUGACAUCGUCUCGAGCCUCAUAUAUUAAGGAUGCUGAAGAAAGAAGACUAUUUUUAUUGUUAGGUAGUACAUCAAUUUUAUUUCUGGUGUGUGUCUCACCGAUGGCAAUUUUACACAUGACAAUUGCUUCGGAAGUUUUACCCAGUUUUUCAUUUCAGGUGUUUAGAGCAUUGGCGAAUUUGUUGGAGUUGACCAAUUACUCGAUAACCUUUUACAUCUACUGUUUGUUUAGUGAAGAUUUUCGUAAUACACUGAUGCGAACCAUUAACUGGCCCUGGAUAAAAUCGCAUCUAUGUCAUCAGGUGGAUGAGGUCUCUGCCAAGCAAACACCUCUUAACAACUUUGACAAAUUAACUUUUCGUAAUCAUCAUAUUACCACCACAUCCGGCGUUUGCACCGGCAUGGGCCGUUCCAGUAGCAUUUGAUGCAAAUUUGGUCUUAUACUAUGAUUAGUCUCCUUAGUUUAAGUUUGAAAAUAAACUAUUUUUUAAUUCCCUACUUAUA